AUGGCCACGACGUACGGAAACGAUAGUGCCUCCGCCCAUCCGCCUUCACCGACGAUCCUUCGCGGAGACAUACUCUGUGAGAUAUUCUACGCGUGCGCGAUCGCAGACGCGCCCAAGCGUGGCGACCUUGGUUGGAUCCGACUGUCAUUCGUGUCCAGGCUCUGGCGCGCGACGAUUCUUGAUCUACCGGUACUAUGGGCGCGCGUCAUCUGCGUGUAUCCAAAGGCAUUCAAUACCAUGUUGUCACGCGCCCGCGAUGCGCCCCUUACUCUUGAUCUUGCCGAGCUCAGACGCGCUACGGGUGAUACUGCUAGUCCUGUAAGCGUGGAGGGUUUGAUGUCCUUCGUGGAAGGCAUUCUAUCCCAAGCACGUACAGUGAUGGAUGCGGUUCAAGACCGCGCCGACGCACCCAACUGGCCAGAGCUUCUGCAUAGCCGUGCAUUGCCGACCCUCCGUCUCCUCAAUUUAUCUUUCGGAGAAGUGGUAGCUCCGGAUUCCCAAUGGAAUGCAGCCACGGCGCUGGAAGCACCCAACCUGCGCACACUAGGACUGAUGAACUUCAUUUUCCCUAUACGCGCUGCAAGCUUGCAGUCUCUGACGCUCAUGCGCCACGAUCCCGUCGGUCCGGGAAGCAUCGCGUCUUCCAUCCAAUCGCUUACCGAUUACCUCCGAGGUUUCCCAUCGCUGCAGAGUUUCGUGCUGCUUGACCUCUUUGAGGACGAUCAAUGGUCCAGACCUCUCGAGGAUGGUGAUCUGGAUGAGCUGGCGAAUGGCUCGCGACUCGCACUCCGCUUGCCACAGCUCCGCCAGCUUUCCCUCAGGUCCCUCUCCUGCUACGUCGCACUUCUUUGGGGCACGAUACAGGCUCCUCGUGCAUUUGUGCAUCUUGACAUCAACUCCCCCAGCCACAUCGAGAUGCUCCUAGACCGCGUUCAACAUUUUUUCGAUGCUGAGAAGAAUGGAGUGCUCACCAUCACUCCCGACCGGGAUCCCUGGACCAUCCAGUAUGGUUGGUCGGAGCCCCCUACGACGUCGGCGCAAACCUUUCGGCUUUUCAAUUUCAUGCAGCCCCAACUUGAUGUAUCCAGAUUCUGUAGCGUUACCUAUGGCGAUCCCCAGGGCGGUGACAAUAGCGAAACAUCCCUUCUGGAAGUAACAACGAAGUUCACCGUUGCGAUAUGCAGAUCCGUCUCCCCCAUACACACUCUAUAUGUCGUCGAGGGAGAAAGCGCACAAUACGAUCAAGGGCAUAGACCGGCAUCACUUCCAUGCAUGACGUUGUGUGCUCUCUUAUCCGAUCCAAACAUACCCUACGUGCCCAAUGUCGAGUUGCAGGCCGCUCGCCUCGACGAGGACGAGGUGCACAGACUCAGAGCCAGUAUCGCCGCUUGCGUGGAGAGGUGGGGAAGGCGACUUCAGCGUCUGAUCGUGCGCGGUUUCCCUCUGAGCUGGGUCCUGGACCAGGAACUCAGAACGCGGGAAUGCCAGCUCUUUGAGGAGUUCGCUGAAAAAGUCCACUUCACGCUGCUCGGCGUGUCAGAUUACGAGCGAUCUCGCAGAGUCAACCUGGUCCCAGGCCGUAUCAAAUUUGCGUGA